CAUAUGGAUGCAUAUAAAACAAGGAAUAAUUAUAGUGGAACUAAAAUGAUCAAUUUAGUAAUGACAAUGGUGCAUAUAAUUUAUAUAGUAUAAUUUGAAGUAUAGAUGAUUGCUCCAAGACUCAUAUCUACAAUUCACCAGAGAGAACAAGGGGAAAGGGGUUGGGAAAUGGUUAAAUGGGAGAAGAAUAAGAUGCCCUUAUUACAGUUGCAUAUAUUGAAUUUAACAAAUACCUUCUUUUGCUGCUGCACACAUCUUAAAGGAUGCUAGACAAUUCCUACCAUGUUUGGAAAUAUGCCUCAUCUGUCACACACUCAACCACAAGGGAGCACUCUUUCCUUUAAUAGUCUAUAUAUCUCACAUUUCUGCACACAUUCACACACAUACAUGGACAUACACAUCACAUUACAACUUGUCAUAUGCAGUUUAAAUCUGCAAACUUCUAUGAACUGACUGAUGCCAUUAUUUUAGAACAGCGGAAGCUGCAAAAUCUGUCCUCGUGCUUUGGAUUUCAAUAAAGAAAGCCCUUGGCUAUUUUUUUUUUCAGCUGACAGGAGAUCCUCAAUUUAUUGAGGAGAAAGAGGUGGAGCUUUGGCAACUCUUGUCAAAUGCCUGCAAACUUUUCAAGUUAUCCAUCCUUUUGGAGGCAGUCACACAUCCAAGCUUGAAGAAAAGAAACACGGGAACCCUCUCAUUAUCUUUUGAAAUAUGAAGAUCAGAGGAAAACCUGGGUUUAAAGUGUGGAGUGAUGCUCCUAGAAGCCUGCUUAUAAAUUAGAAGGCAUCCUGAUUCACUAAUAACAGACUAAGGAACAGAACUGAUACUUGGAUAGAAGACAGGAAUUUCAUGGUCAUUUUUACUGCCAUGGACCUUAAGCCAAUGCCUACUUCUCCGAUCACCACAAAUUGUGGAGCAGAACAUCUGGCCAAUUGGACCUCACCUUCAAUGGAUAAAUUCCAGAAAGCCUAUUCUGGAAUUUGACUCUGAAUUGCUUCUAAGAUGGGAAGUAAGAAAGAUGAUGGGCUCUUGAACCGGAUCUCAUGUUCAGGACCAGCAUCUCUUGGAAGCAGUCACAUUACCGGUUCUCAUGGUUUACCACUCCGAGAACCAUUUGGCAUCCCUCUUCCUUUUGGACAAACGUACUGGGACCAUCAGCCUUACAAUGGAUAUUCCGGAAGAUUCUCUUAUUUACCCUUUUCUGGGUAUGUGGGAGUUUAUGACUACUCAUUUGAGCCAGCUUUCAUUCGGAAGAGGAAUGAGAGGGAAAGGCAGAGGGUUCGUUGUGUAAACGAAGGCUAUGCACGCCUCAGAGACCAUCUUCCCAAAGAGCUUGCUGAGAAGCGUCUCAGCAAAGUGGAGACUUUGAGAGCUGCCAUCACUUACAUCAAACACCUUCAGAAUUUGCUGGAAUAUCAUCCUUUAGGAACAAAUAAGACGGCCAUUCCAGCUACAGAUGCACCGGGAGUUUCUGGUCCUAGUUUAAGAAGAGAAUGCAACAGUGAUGGAGAAUCUAAAACUUCAUUAGCUUCAUCUCCUUACAGUGAAUUUGAGGAAGUUUGUGGUUAGGAAAACAGUCUAUAGAAAAAAAACCUCAAGACCAUCGA